AUGAGCUAUUCUAUCCACGAAAACGGAAGAAUUGCAGAUGUUUAUCUCUAUACCGAGCUACCACGGUCUAAUCUCGCGUCAAUCUUCAAAAGUAGAAAGAACCUCACCAAGGCUCAUGUUCAGUACCUCAUGUAUCAGCUGUGCUGUGCCGUCCGACACAUCCAUUCUGCUGGAAUCAUUCAUGGGGCUAUCCAACCAUCGAACAUCCUAGUGGAUUCCGACGUCAGUCUACGUAUCUGUGACUUUUCUAAUGCGCAGACUUGGAACGGAAACUCCUUGGCAAGAGGUUCCAACCCUUCGUUGUGUACUACGGGCGGCUCGAUCAUCUACAAGGCGCCCGAACUCCUGCUCGGAGUAUCAAAGGUCUCUUUCGCCGUCGAUAUAUGGAGUAUUGGAUGUAUUCUUGCCGAAUUUCUCAACGGUGCCCCCUUAUUCGAUAGGAACGACCUCCCCGGGCAGAUACGGACACUCCUGGCACGACUCGGAAAACCGUCGGACGACGUUCUAAAGCGAAUAGCCUCCCCGCAAACUGUCCAAAACAUUCAAGCCAUUCGGAAACAAAAUCCGCCUGCCAUUCGGGAACUCUUCCCGACAGCGAAUGAUGCGGAAAUGCAGCUCAUACAUCAAACAUUGCUCUGGGAUCCAAUGGCGCGAAGUGCAUCGACCGACCUUCUCGAUGGUCUCUACUUUUCUCAAUGGAGAAAUACUGCGGACGAGGCGGUUUCACAUAUGGCAUUCAGGAACGACGCGUAUCUAGAGACGAGCCAAGAUGCCAUCAACCAGUUGAUCAUGUCCGAAGUGGCCUCCUUUCACAAAAUGGUCCGUCAAGCUGGGCACGAGGGGAGUAGAGAGGACGGCUCUAGGAGUUCUGCUACACGACCAAGUAAUUUUCAUCAUGGUCAAGCACAGGCCGCUCUCGAAAUAUCCUACUUUGACGGGUCUGAAGAGGACGGCGAGUUUGAGUGGGCUCCCGACGAAUGA